GAAACGGUAUACAGUGCCUUCCUCGAGGAAAGUUUAUAUUCUUCGUUCAUGGUGCUUACUGAGUUUUCUGAAGGUUUGAAAGAGGUUUGCAAAAAAUCCCCAACUUUGGGGGAAAAAAAAAAAAAAACAGAAAUCAACGGUUUUGUUACAAUUCAGGUUUCUGUUACCCUUGGGUGAGUUAUGGGUGAGAUUGAGGGCUCCUACCGUCCCCUGCAGACCCCAGGAACACGACUUUGGGUCAGUGCCAAUGUGGCGGUCAGUACCCUGGAGCCUGGCCAAAGUCUGUCCACAACUUUGGCCGACUCUGCUAGGAACCCAAACUCCGGGAAUGGGCUACAGAUCAGAGUGGAGGCACUGGAUGAAACUCAGGAGGUCUAUGAGAUGGAGUCCAAGUCUGAUGGCCAGGAGUUGAUGACAAAGGUGUUUCGACGGUUCAAUCUGAUUGAAAAUGAUUACUUUGGCCUGGAAUUCCAAAACAUGCAGAUGAACUGGGUGUGGCUGGAACCAGUAAAACCCAUUCUAAAACAAGUGCGAAGGCCCAAGAACACACUCUUCAGGCUUUCAGUGAAGUUUUUCCCACCUGAUCCUGGCCAGCUUCAUGAGGAGUACACCAGGUACCUGUUUGCCCUUCAGAUGAAGAGAGAUCUGGUGGAGGGCAAAUUGACCUGCAGUGAAAACACGGCUGCCCUCCUUGCCUCCCAUCUGCUGCAGUCCGAGAUUGGAGAUUUUGACGAAGUUGCAGAUAGAGAGCACCUAAAAAGGAACAAACUGCUGCCAAACCAGGAGAGACUGCAGGAGAAGAUCAUGGAAUUCCACCAGAGACAUCUGGGCCAGACACCAGCCGAGUCAGAUUUCCAGGUGCUAGAGAUAUCCCGCAAGCUUGAAAUGUACGGAAUCCGCUUUCAUUGUGCUGCAGACCGUGAAGGAACCAAAAUUAACCUGGCAGUUUCCCAUAUGGGCCUCCAGGUCUUCCAGGGAAACACCAAGAUAAACACGUUCAACUGGUCCAAGAUUCGUAAGCUGAGCUUCAAGAGGAAGAAGUUUCUGAUCAAGCUGCACCCGGAGGUCCAUGGACCUCACCAGGACACUCUAGAAUUCCUCAUGAUUAGUCGUGAUCAGUGCAAGGUGUUCUGGAAGAACUGCGUUGAGUAUCACACCUUCUUCCGCCUGCUGGACCAGCCUGAACCCAAGUCAAAACCCAUCAUCUUCAGCAGAGGCUCCUCCUUCAGAUACAGCGGGAGAACACAGAAACAGCUGGUGGACUAUGUGAGAGACAGUGGAGCUCGAAGAACACCAUAUCAGAGGAGACACAGCAGAGCACGGAUCUCUACUCGUACUUUGGAUGCAGACUUGCCAAAACAGAGUCUGUCGUUCAACAAGGGUUUGAAGGUCCCGGGUUCCCCAUCUUCCGCCACUGUCUCCUUCCACUCCCUGCAUGCCUCCAGCACACCACCCUGCCCUGAGCCAGAGCCUGCCCAGCCAACCACCCCACUACAAGAGGACCCUGGGAAGGGCACCUCCCAGCCUAUUCACUCCUUCCAAGGGAUAUUGAUGGACAACCCUCCACGCUCUCCCUUUGCCUUGAAGAGCCAUUUGACCUUGUCUCCCUCCUUCCAGAUGUCAACGCUUAGCCAGCCGGGCCAGGCAUCCUCACCUCUGCAGAGCCCCAUCCUGAGCGAGGUGGGCACUGCCAGGCUGGAUGAGGAGGAGGAGGAUGAGGAGGAGGAGGAGGAGGAGGGCAGGAAGAAGAGGUAUCCAGCAGACAAAGCCUACUUUAUUGCCAAAGAGGUUCUGACAACGGAGAGAACUUACCUGAAAGAUUUGGAGGUUAUCACAGUGUGGUUCCGCAGUGCAGUGAUAAAGGAAAACGCCAUGCCCGAAGGCCUGAUGAUCUUGCUGUUCUCCAACAUUGACCCCAUUUAUGAGUUUCACCGUGGAUUUUUGAAAGAGAUUGACCAGAGGCUGGCACUCUGGGAGGGACGCUCCAAUGCUCACGUGAAGGGGGAUUGCCAGAGGAUUGGUGAUGUGAUGCUGAGGAACAUGUGCUCUCUCAAGGAGUUCACCAGCUACCUGCAGAAGCAUGAUGAGGUGCUGAAAGAGCUGGAGAAGGCCACCAAGCGGAUGAAGAAGCUAGAGACUGUGUACAAAGACUUUGAGCUGCAGAAGGUCUGCUACCUGCCCCUCAACACCUUCCUGCUGAAGCCCAUCCAGAGACUCAUGCACUACAAGCUCAUCCUGGAGAGACUCUGCAAGCACUACACUCCCGACUACCAGGACUACAGCGACUGCAAAGAUGCCCUGAAGGAGGUGGCAGAGAUGGCUGCCCAGCUGCAGACCAGUCUGAUCCGACUAGAGAAUUUCCAGAAGCUCACAGAGCUGCAGAGAGACCUGAUUGGGAUCGAGAGCCUCACUGGCUCUGGCAGGGAGUUUAUCCGGGAGGGCUGUCUUUUUAAACUGACAAAAAAGGGGCUGCAGCAGCGAAUGUUCUUCCUGUUUUCAGACAUGCUCCUGUACACGAGUAAAGGCGUCACAGCCACCAACCAGUUUAAAGUGCAUGGGCAGCUCCCUCUACACGGCAUGAUCAUUGAGGAGAAUGAGAACGAGUUGUCUGUUCCUCACUGUUUUACCAUCUAUUCUGCCCAGAGGACAAUUGUUGUAUCUGCGAGCUCUAAAGUGGAGAUGGGGAAGUGGAUUGAAGACCUGAACAUGGCAAUCGAGGUGGCAAAGAUGUCCCAGGAGAAGUCGGAUUUGUUUCUGGAUAGCAGUCUCUGUGAUCAAUCCAAUAGGUCCUCUGAGGUGUCUUUGGAUCAAGAGUCUGAAGAUGACACUCACUCCUCCCACAGCUCCUUGGACAAGCAGACGCACCACCGCGCCAACACCACCAUGCACGUGUGCUGGCACCGCAACACCAGUGUGUCCAUGUCUGACCACAGCCUGGCCGUGGAGAACCAGCUCUCCGGAUACCUGCUGAGAAAGUUUAAAAACAGCAACGGCUGGCAGAAACUCUGGGUCGUCCUCACCAACUUCUGUCUCUUCUUCUACAAAACACACCAGGAUGACUUCCCAUUAGCAAGUCUCCCAUUGCUAGGUUACACAGUCGGCACCCCAGCUGAGGCAGACUGCAUUCACAAAGAAUACGUCUUCAAACUGCAGUUCAAAUCGCACGUGUACUACUUCAGAGCUGAGAGUGAAUACACCUUUGAAAGGUGGAUGGAGGUGAUCAAGAGUGCUGCCAGCGCCACCGGGAAAAUGAGCCUUCUGAUCCCAAAGAAAUCCAAGGAAAUUAACGGGAACUGAGCAGCUAUGAGUGCUGGAGCUGUGUGCACUGGACAGGGCCUGCAGACUCUCUGGGUGUGGCCUUUCAGACUGGGGCAGGCUUCUUUUCUUGGACAUUAAAAACACUAAGGGCUGUGGCACACCCAGUGCAAAAGAUUGCUACCAUUUGAACAUGUUAACAGGUGUGAUUCAGAAAUGUCUACCCACACUAGAACCUUGGACAUCAGCUCACUUUAUUGUAGCAUGCUUUUGUAACCCAGCCUAAUUUUAUUGUAGCUACCACGUCACCAAACCCUGACCAGAGCAGUAGAACAACUGGGACACCAUUAGGUGUGGGUGAUGCUGCCUGCAAGACAAUCUUAACACAAGAAGUACAUACAAAUUAACCUGAAGAAUAAGAUGUAAAAGGUUGUGAUGGUAACAGUAAGUGGGGGGAGGUUGUUGCUACCCUGAAGAAAAUGCCAUAGACUGCGGAUAAGGAAGAAUCUAUAAGACUGAAGACAUAAUGUUGUCCUGUGUUCUUGCCAAUUUUGCAAAUGUGUGAUUCUGUUUGAACAGUGUGCUAGAACCGAUUUCUCAGCUGAUUGCAGCUGUACACAAGUAGAUGGGAACAGGUUCCCUUAGGGAGGAACUGGCCAUUACAGGCAAGGAAUUUUAUCUGGGAAAUGUGCAGAAGAAACUGAAGAAGCACAGUACCGCUGAAACAUUUUAAUUCUUGCAUAGAUUUACCUACAGAUAUGUGGUAAAUAUGCUGUGACUUAUAUAAGGCCUGUUUUUUUUAUUUGAUGUAGUUUAAAAUAAUAUGUGUUUAGGAUGGUCAUUUUAACAUGUGAUUCUUGGUAGUACUAAUUUAGUUUAGUAUAAAGAAGCUGCUCAGCUGAUGAAUUUCACUUAGUUUUUUGGGGGGGGUACAAUUUCAAAUAUAGUGAACAUUAAACAGACAGAGUUGCAUAAAUGUUAGGGGCUAGUGUGACAUGUUUCCCCACUUCGUGGUGUCUGUUUUUGGCUACUAAAAAUUGUACAGCUUCAAUAAGCAGUGAAGUAUCCCUGCAGUUUGUUUGUCAGUUUCUGUGACACCUUUGAGUUUAGAAUAUCAUCAUGGUUUUACUUGUUAACAUGCCUUGGUUACCAAUGGGCAUCUUCAUACAGAAUGAUGGUUACAGUAUUCAUAUUUGUUGGGCUUUAUGGUCAGUAGUGAAGGAUUUGAUCUUUUACUUUUUUACAGCUUUAAAUUUGAGUUCCCUAUCAAGUACAAAAUGUAACCAUUACCUCAUAAGUUAAUGGUUACAUUUCUAUUUCAGGGAGCUAAGGUUAUGAAAAUAAUGUUUUCUUGUAUAAAGAGGGCAUUGCAAGCAGCCCUCAUUUCAAAAUCCUUGUCUUUUGAAAUGGUUAUUUAUCUUUUUUUUUUUGUUAUGGUUUGUUAGUCAUUUUGUCACUUUGCAGUUCUGUGGGGUGCAUAUUAAUCACUAAAAGCUGCAAAAUACUGCAUUUGUACUGGAAUAGCCCAUCACCUGUUGAUGUUUUUCCAAAGCAGCACUGCAGUCUAACUUUUUUAGUCUUUUAUAAUUCUAGUUUAUUUGAAGAUCUAAAAUCCUCAAUGUAUUUGUAAUUUAUGUGUGAACUGUUUUCUGAUGCCUGUUAAACAGUUUUUCAUGUCCCUUUUGUGAAGAGAGACUAUAAAGCUGAUCGCUCUGUGUGUGUA